AUGUUUGCUGAGCGCCACACAAUCCAGCUUCCGAGCUUUUCCAAGCCAGCUGUAAAGUCUCAAGUGACACCACCACCAUCUCCUGCCGCAAUCGCACAACAAUGGAUUGCCAGCCUGGAAUCUAUACUGCUCAGUAAGGAUGCUUCUGCUCUCGGACGCGUUCUACACCAGGACUCUUGGUGGCGGGACAUGUUCGCGCUGUCAUGGGAUAUUCGAACGGUCCAUGGAUUAGACAAGGUGUCCGCCUAUUUAUCUGACAACUUAACACACACAACCCCUCACAACCUUCGACUUCGAGAGUCUGGAAAAUUCGCCCCAAGUCUGGGGACUCCAAUCGACGGAGUGGAGUGGAUUGAGUCGAUGUUCGACUUUGAAACUCGAGUUGGUCGUGGUUCUGGAAUGCUGAGGCUUAUUCAAGGCCAAGACGGUGUUUGGAAGGCAUGUAUGAUGUACACUGCUCUACAAGAAUUGAAGGGAUUUGAAGAAAAAGCUUGGGCUAGAAGAGCACAUGGAGGAAACAAUUCCUUGUUAGGCGGUGCUGUCAAGGGCAACUGGCUGGAGAGAAGAAAGAGACAAAUGGAAUUCCUUGAUGAGGAACCUACAGUGGUUGUUGUAGGCGCAGGCCAAUCUGGGUUGAAUCUGGGAGCUCGGCUUCAAGCACUCGGCACAUCUGUUCUGCUGGUCGACAAGAACGACAGAGUCGGAGACAACUGGCGCAACAGAUAUAGAACACUCGUCACGCAUGAUCCUGUCCAGUAUACUCACAUGGCAUUUAUGCCUUUCCCCGCCAACUGGCCCUUAUUUACAGCCAAAGACAAACUUGGAGACUGGUUCGAAGCCUACGCUUCAUUGAUGGAGCUCAACGUCUGGACCAAGUCAUACCCAAAGCCCGGAUCCACCUCAUAUGAUGAUGCAACCAAAACCUGGACUGUCGAGCUAGUCCGAGGUGAUGGCAGCACCCGAACUGUCCAUCCGAAGCAUGUCGUCCUCGCCACCGGCCACGCAGGCGAAGCCAAGAUCCCCACUUUCACCGGCCAGUCCGACUUCAAAGGCAAAGCCUACCACGCCAGCUGGCACCAGGACGCAUCGCUGACCGGUGAUGCCGCCGGCAAGAAAGUCGUCGUUAUCGGCACGGGCAACUCGGGCCACGACAUUGCCCAGAAUUUCUACGAGAACGGCGCAGAGGUUACCAUGGUCCAGCGCAGAGGUACCUAUGUCAUCUCCGCAGCCAAGGGCCUCUUCAUGCUCCAUGAGGGCAUGUACGAUGAGACCGGCCCGCCAAUCGAGGAUGCAGAUAUUGCUGGCCAGUCUCUGCCGAUCCCAGUGCAGUUUGCGCUGAACGUCGACCUUACCACCCGUAUCGCCGAGGCCGAGAAAGAAAAUAUCGAGGGCUUAACGAAAGCUGGGUUCAAGAUUGACUUUGGAAAUGAUAAGAGUGGCAUCUAUAGGAAGUAUAUCACCCGUGGAGGUGGUUACUAUAUCGAUGUCGGCUGCAGCCGAUUGAUUAUCGACGGCAAGAUUGCUGUCAAGCAGAGCCCGGACGGCAUCUCUCACUUUGAAGAAGAUGCAUUGGUUCUUGCCGACGGCUCGAAGCUCAACGCAGAUAUUGUCGUCUUGGCAACUGGAUAUGAUAAUAUGAGAACGAGCGCGAAGAAGAUCUUCGGCGAUGUGGUUGCUGAUCGACUCAAGGAUGUUUGGGAUCUGGACGAGGAAGGCGAGGUUAAUGCUAUGUGGAGACCAAGUGGACACCCCGGCUUCUGGUUUAUGGGAGGUAGUUUGGCGCUUUGCCGCACCUACUCAAGAUUUGUGGCUUUGCAGAUCAAGGCUAUUGAAGAGGGCCUUACUCACUAA